UCGAGAAAUAUAAUCCGAUUAUCAAUAUUUUUUACUUGAAAAAAUUACGUCAUCAACUCACCGCUUUCUAGAUUCUGCCGUCGCAAGCUCCAUUAGUGCGCACACAUCCCACAUUUCAAUCUUCUUCCUUCCAUCCAUUCUUAUUAUUCCAUUGAUUCUUCAUUCAUAUUAUCUAAGGAUAAUUAUCUUCAUCAUGUCGAGUAGACAACUUCGAAAACUACAGCAACAACGCGAAUUAGAGCAACAAGUCAAACUCCAAGCUCAAGCAGAAGAAGAGGAAGAAUCCGAAUAUGAGUCGCAACCGAUACAAUCAAAACCCAGCUUGUUUGCGAACUUUGCAGCUCUAGAAGAUGAUGACGGAUCUAAGGAAACCGAUGAAGAUGAAGAGCCGGAAGAAGAAUUAUUGAGUGAACCCACUCCAGUCGCGACCACGAAGAAACCUAAAAAGUCGAAGAAGAAGAAGAAGGCAAAGAAUAACGGAAAGACAAAAGACUCCACGAAAGAAGUUGAGGAUAAACUUAAGAAUGGUCUGGAUGAAAUUGAUCAAGCUAUCAAAGAGUUAAAUUUGAAGCAACCAAAUGCUACAGAUACAACAAGGGCAAGAGAAGUAGAUGAAGAAUAUGAGAGAGUUUGUUUCCUAUUAGGUAUCAAUACACAACAUCUUAAAGUUGCAAAUGAAAUGCGAAGUUUAUUUGGACGGGCUGCUACGGAAAAUAAUGAAGAUCCUGGAGGACCUACAGGCCGUGGGCCAAGAAGAAGACAACGUAUGCAACAGAUGGAUUUGGAGACAGCCUUGAAGGGACACCAUAAACCAGGCAAAGGCCUUUCCGAGCUUACCUUGCGACGCAACUUUUUGAUACAGGGGAAGGAUGAAUGGCCGAAAUCUACUUCGGGCGGAUUGACGAUGGUGGUUAUUGAUAACCAAGAGGUAGUUGAUGGUACUAUCGAAUACAAAUUUGUACACGAUAAAGAAUAUCAAAUUGUGCAGCACACAUUCCAAACUCUGGUUGAAAUGGGGGAUCCUCAAAACCUUAUUGGAUAUAUUCAAAGAAAUCGUGAGUACAAUCUGUGCUGCAAAUCUCUACCACUGCUAACCCAUAUAGCCUAUCAUAUUUCUCUUCUUCUUCAAGUCAGCAAGAUAGCAAAAGACCAAGGCGACCAUUCCUUGUCAUCUGAUCUUGUUGAGAGGGCCCUCUUUACAUUUGGUCGAGUUUCAUUAUCAUCCUUCAGUACUAAAUUGGCCCAAGGUAAAGCUCGAUUAGACUUCGCUAGACCAGAGAAUCGCGAAUUUUGGUUAGCUGGGUAUCACUACAUAAAAUCUCUCAUGAUGAAGGGAACUUAUCGAACUGCCUUCGAGUGGGCAAAGUUACUCUUAAGUUUGGAUCCUGAGGAUGAUCCAUAUUGCAUGCGAUGGAUGAUACAUCAUCUUGCCUUACGUGCACAUGAAUUUCAAUGGCUUUUGGAUUUCUCUGCCAGUCGAAAUAUACCAGAAUGGGCCAACACAAUCAAUUAUGCAAAGCCAUCUUUUGCUCUGGCCGCCCAACAACUCAAGGAUGGUGUCAAAUGUAGGAGCAUACUAUCGGACUGCAUGAGUCAGGUACCUUGGCUUUUCUGCCGACUAUUCAGAGAACUUGAUCUUGACGCACCUCCAUCAAUAUGGGGUACAGAGCCACCAACUGCUUCCGACACUUUAUUUACGGAAUUAUAUGUUCUUCAAGCAAAGGAUCUUUGGAACACCACCGAGUCUACUGCAUUGCUUAUGGAAAUUGCACAUACGAUUGAGAAGCCAGACUUGUCACAAACGCCUUUACUGUCAGACACCAAAGAGAUGAGUCUAGAUAUUGUCAGAUUUGUCUAUUUGGAUAAUCGACGAGAAUUAAUGUCUCUUGUUCCAUCGAAUAUUCUUCAUAGGAGCAAUAACUCUGAUUCAGAUCCACUACCACCCUACUCGAGCACCAUCUCUUAUCCGGGUCAACAAAGAAAUUUAGGGAAUGAAGAAGAACCCGAAGCGAACAGAUUCAAUGAUCCACUUGCGGCUCUCGCACGACUUCUGCCAGGUUUUCCAGGUUUACAAGCAUUACAAGAUCGUGGAGCAGGUGAUGACAAUAUCGAUAGUGAUAAUAAUGCUGAGACCGAAGCCGAAGCAUUUGAACGACUAAGAAAUCAUAUUGCAGGAGGAAACCAGAUUGAAGGGUUAGAAGAAGAGGGCGAUGAGAGUGCAGAAGGACCAGCACGCGGACCGUCAUUAUCCGCUGCAACUAGAAUAUUGGAAAGUCUCAUGUUCUGGAGAUCAACACCAGCAUAUGCUGACCCUUCUUCAUCAGGUGCAUCGGCUAAUGAAACGGAUGAUGAUGAUUCAAUGCAUGAGCUGAUAAAUGAUGGAGAUGAAUAUCAAGGUGGAAAUAGACAAGCACAUGUUGAAGAUGCUGAUGAGGAUGAUGAAAUGCCUGCUUCACAUCAGGGGAACUAGAUUUUUCAAAUCUAUACCUUAUAGGGAAUGAGAUAAUAUAUGUUGAUUCUACCUUAAUUUUGUUAGAGCGAAUAUAUUAUAGAUACACAGCUGAAACUCUUUAAAUAAUUUAAUCAAAUUGAAGGUUAAUUCUAGAUUGAAUGAAUAUAUAAUUGAAUCCGAUACAGGACAAGAACAAUACAGAAAUACAAUUGAUAUUUAUGUAGGCCCUGCUUCCUCUCAGGUAAUUAUAGCAAGAAGUGUAUAUUUGGGAUUUGAAAUAUGAUCUCCUACUUUGAAUUUGUAUACAGAGUA